CGCCACAGCCGUUCUUAAUUACAACUCGCACUAUUAAAACGUAUAGUAACGUACGUGCAUUCCAAGUGCAUCAUUCGACCCAUUCACAAAAAGUCAUUGUUUAUAUAUCUUAUUUACAAUAUGAAUUGAAAUACUCACCAGCAACAAAAGAUGGAGUAUCAUGGGUUCUUAUCAGCCACAUGCUUGUUUAUAUCAAUAGCAGUUAUCACGGGACAGAAUAUUUACAGCGAUGACUCGAUAUACCAGUGUCCAAAGCACUGGUUGAAACACCAGGAUUCUUGUUACCGCUUCAUCAAAAGCCCGUUGAAGAAACGGGAAGAAGCAAAACGCACAUGCGAAGCUUAUCAAAGUGACCUAGUGUCGAUAAACACCAUAGAGGAGCACGGGUUCUUGAUAAAAGAGUUGCAGUGGCGAGAUCCGCAGCACCGGACCUGGUACAUUGGAGGCAAAUUAUCCGGCGGGUACUGGUCCAAUGAAGCCGAUGGUUCUUCGCUGUCUAUGGUAGAGACCGCAAUCUUACCCGAACCAAACGACGGUAUAAUUCGGGAGUAUCUUGCCUAUGAUUACAGCCCGGGUCUCCAGAAGUGGGGGCUCAAGAAGGUCACGCCGAACGAAGAUCAUCUGUUCAUCUGCGAAGCUCACACGUCGACUCUGUCGAACCUCGUCGAGGACGAACGGGAUUACAAGUAUGGCAUUGAAAUUGACAACCCGCUGCGCAUACCUCGGGGUCCUUAUUUUACGACUCAGCCCCAGGACCAGGUCUUCGACGCUGCUGAGCAGUACAGACUAAUAAAUGAAAUAACACUCAAGUGUCAUGCGGAAGGAUGGCCGACGCCGACUUACGAGUGGUACAAAGAGGAGUACAGGAACGGCAGGACAUUCGCCACACAGAUUGACCCCUUGACCAACAGCAGGUACACUGUGACUGGAGGGAAUUUGGUCGUACACAAGCCCGAGCAAAGGGAAGACGAUGGCGCCUAUCACUGCAAGGCCAGCAACGAGUACGGUACCAUAAUAUCCGAAAGUGUUAAGAUACAGUUCGGUUAUAUACUGGAAUUUAAUUUAAAGAGAUCUGAAGAACGCGGGGAUCAGAACUGGGGUAAAACAAUUUACUGUGACCCGCCUCAGCACUUUCCGGAUGUAAAUUAUUACUGGUCGCGUGACUUCUUUCCUAAUUGGGUUGAAGAAGACAAGCGGGUGCUUGUGUCCAACGACGGGGCGCUUUAUUUCUCAGCACUAGAACCCAUUGACGCUGGUAAUUAUUCGUGCAGUGUCCAGAGCACGGCCUCGAGGAACGGACAGAAGGGUCCGUUCUUCCCUCUGCGAGUUGACCAUCACUCGUCUUUCCAACAGCUAAAGUUUGCUAACAAUUUUCCCAAAGUUUUUCCGGAUGCGCCGGUUGCUGGCGACAAUGUCACGUUUGAGUGCAUGGCUUUUGGUUACCCGGUUCCUUCGUACAACUGGACCCGUGUGGGCGCACCUUUGCCGCAUGACUCAGUGCUCGCUAAAUUCAAUCGGAUUCUCGAAAUCCACAAUAUCAAGGUAGAAGAUCAGGGCACUUAUCAAUGUCGGGCUUCAAAUGAACGCGCUGAUAUCCUGGGAGAAGUUACUCUGUCUAUUCAAGCGAAGCCCAACUUCACUAUUCCGCUGGAAGAUAAACAUGCAGAUAAGGACAGCGACUUGACUUGGUCUUGCGAGGCUUUUGGUGUUCCCGAUGUUACUUACAGCUGGUAUAAAAACGGAGAGCUACUUAAUAUUUAUGAGCUUGAACUGGAAGACAGGGAUCGUUUUACUAUUCACGACAAUGUACUUAAGAUACAGCGAUUGGAUCCAGAACGAGACCCCGGCAUGUAUCAGUGCGCUGCUAAAAAUGAACUCAAGACUAAAUAUUCCUCAGCACAACUUCGGGUUCUCUCAAUGAAACCGUCGUUCAAAAAACAUCCGAUGGAACCAGAGACUUAUGCGGCUGAAGGCGGAAAUGUUACCAUCGUUUGCAAUCCCGAGGCAGCGCCACGGCCCAAGUUUGUGUGGAAAAAAGAUGGGAAUAUUAUUGGGUCUGGUGGUAAGCGACACAUUUUGCCAAAUGGUAACCUGAUAAUAAAUCGAGUUUCACGUGAUGAUGAAGGAUUUUAUGUUUGUAUGGCAUCUAAUCAGUACGGAAAUGAUGAGAGUCGUGGUCGGCUCAUUGUCUUACGUGGUCCAUAUUUAACCGAACAGCUUCCGGUUCGUAUAAUAACCGCAGUGAUGUACAAUCACACACUCCGUUGCCAAGCAGACGUUGACCCAAAGCUAGACGUAGCUUACGUUUGGAAGCACAACGGACUCGAGAUACGAGAAAAAGACAUUCUCAACAAUCCGCGUUACCAAAUAUAUGACGGCACAUUCCAUUUGAUAAAUAUCACCCUGUCGGACGCAGGAGAGUACGAGUGUGAGCUCAAGAGCGCAGUGGGCAGCGUGUCGAGUAAAGCGACGAUGAUAGUAGAGGGACCACCCGGUCCGCCUGGUGGUGUCCAGGUGAAUAUCGUCAAGACGUCGGCCUCUUUGCAUUGGACUGACGGUGCUCAGAACGGACGUCCGAUUCUCAUGUACCGGGUCAGUGGGAACACAUCCUGGAGCGGCGACUGGUUCAUGAUCGUAGAGAACAUAACUGCGAUUGAAAUCGAUCGUUAUACGGAACGGAAACAAGCCGAGCUUGAGAAUGUCCUCAACCCAUUCACGACCUACGAGUUCCGUGUGAGUGCCGCCAAUGAAUUCGGGUACGGUCCCUACUCGUUGCCGUCCCCCAAGUACAGCACGCCGCCAGCGAAACCCCAACGAGCACCAGCGCGAGUUGGUGGGGGUGGUGGUAAAGUCGGAGAAUUGACGAUAACUUGGGAGCCACUGCCACCGGCUUAUCAGAAUGGACGCAACGUUCAUUACAAAGUAUUUUGGCGCCGCAAAGGCAAAGAACACGAGUUCCAGUCGCUGUUGUUGAAAGACCGUGGUAACAUUGGCAAGUAUGUCGCCUCGAUAUCACCGGAUUAUUAUUACAUGCAGUAUGAAGUCAAAGUCCAGGUGUUCAAUGAAGCUGGAGAAGGGCCGACUUCAGAUAUCGCGACUGUCUAUAGUGCUGAAGACUUGCCGAUUAUUCAGCCGCAAGGAAUUAAAAUUCUUCGUUACAACAGUACUAGUUUGAAUGUCACUUGGACCCCGGUUCCGCCGAUACGCGAGUCGUUGAAAGGUAAUUUGACGGGAUACCGUAUCAAGUAUUGGCCAGAUGGCAACGACGAAGACGACGCUAUUUACUAUUUGUCACGUUCCCAACGUCCUUGGGCGCUGAUUGUCGGUCUUCAACCUGACACUUCUUAUUUCGCUAAAGUAAUGGCCUACAAUUCGGCGGGUGCUGGUCCAGAAAGUGAACGUUUCUUGGAGCGAACGUUCAGAAAAGCUCCGCAAAAUCCACCGACUUCAGUAUUUCCGUUUGAAGUGAAUCCGUCCACAGUCAAGGUAAUCUGGCGCUAUGUCCAGCCGGACUGGGGAGAAGAACCCCUUGAUGGCUACAAAGUACGUGUGUGGGAAUUUGAUCAGGACAUGAGCACCGCUAAUGACACUAUUGUACGAGCUGGUCAAAAAUUGGAGGCUUAUGUGAGAAAUCUAAGCCCCGGGAAAACGUACAAUCUGCGUAUCCUGGCGUUCAGCAAAGGCGGGGACGGUCGCAUGUCCAGUCCACCGCUGACUUUCCAAAUGGGGGAUCCUGCGCAGUUCAGAAACAGUGCAAGUAACAAAAUUUUUGACGCUGGUAUUUGCAUUACCAUCUUACUUAUUUUUAAACAUUUUAUGUGAAAUUUUAUUUUUUUAUUUACUGAGAUCUGAUUUUUUUAUUUUUCAUCGUAUCAAAUUUUGAUAUUUUUUUAUACAUUUUUACGUUGGUAACUAAAAAUUUUUUUUUAAGCGCACGAAAAAAUUUGAUGGUUUAUUUUUAAACUGGUUUAUAUUUUUAUAAACAAAUAACAAAUAACGAGCCUAAGUGUUCUUACAUUGAGUAUUUUUAAAUGUAAUUAAUUAAUUAAUUAAGGGAAAUGAAAUCUCAAAAAUAAUUAUAAUUAACUCUUGUUCAAAAAAUUUUUACCUCAUAAAAUUAAAGUCACAUCAGGAUU